UCUACGCCACUGUGCCGGUCCUCUCACAGUCUCACCAGCCUCCUGCAAGACAACAUGGGCAGACAGAAGGUGUACUUGGACAAACUGGCCCGGUUCUUCCAGAUCCGUAACCUGCUGCUCCGUCAGGCCCUGGCAGAAUGUCUUGGCACCCUCAUCCUUGUGAUGUUUGGCUGCGGUGCUGUGGCCCAGCUUGUGUUGAGCGGUGGUUCCCAUGGCAUGUUCCUCACUGUCAACUUCGCCUUUGGCUUCGCCGCCACCUUAGGCAUCCUGGUCUGUGGCCAGGUAUCAGGUGGCCAUCUGAACCCUGCCGUGACCUUUGCCCUGUGCCUUCUUGGAAGAGAGCGCUGGAGAAAGUUUCCCAUGUACUUCCUCUUUCAGACAAUCGGUGCUUUUUUCGGUGCUGCAGUCAUAUUUGGCAUGUACUACGAUGCGCUGUGGGACCAUCCUGGGUGCUUCAACGUGACCGGGCCUAAAGCCACAGCUGGCAUCUUUGCUACCUACCCUGGAAAACAUCUCACCAUUGUCAACGGCUUCUUUGAUCAGAUCAUUGGCACUGCAGCGCUCAUAGUUUGUAUUCUGGCAAUUGUGGAUCCAUACAACAACCCCAUCCCCCAAGGGCUGGAGGCCUUCACCGUGGGCUUUGUGGUCCUGGUCAUUGGAUUGUCAAUGGGCUUUAACUCUGGCUACGCUGUCAACCCUGCCAGAGAUCUCGGACCACGUCUUUUUACAGCCAUGGCUGGGUGGGGCAGCGAAGUUUUCACGGCUAGAAACGGCUGGUUCCUGGUGCCCAUCUUUGCCCCGUUCCUUGGCACCAUCAUCGGUGUGAUGAUCUACCAGGUGAUGGUUGGCUUCCACGUGGAGGGAGAAGUGCGCGACAAGAAGUGCGCAGAGGAGGAGAAUGUCGGACUCACUAACGUCGCCGCCAACGAGAACUCCAAAAACGCAACCAAAGAAAUGCACUGAGUGUGUCAUGAGACAUUCAACACAUGCAUAUUCUGCAAAUACUGACACACACCAGCAAUUUUCCUUCCAGCCACAACCAUUUGUACAGCGGUAGAGAGAUCUCCCAAGAUAGCUGUGUGGUGGUGAAAACAGGCCACUCUCAAUAACAUGUGAUUGUAUUAUAUUGUAGAGGAACGAUUGUGUGUAAGUGUAGAGGGGAGAAACACAACUUCAGAAACACAGAAUUACAUUAAUUCUUUUAAUGAAAAUGAACAUUUGGAUCUUAGUGUCUAUAACACUCCAGGUUGAACAGUAUUGUAUGUUUUGUACCAGUGUAGUUUUAUAUAUAGGUUAACAGACUUAUAUACAGUAGACGUGUUUAGACGGAUGUCCUAAUCAGUUCCUGUGCAUUUUCUCAGUCCAGAACCUUUCACUGUUAAUAUCUGAAUUCAGGGAAACUGACAAACUACAAAUUUCAAACUUCCCUCCCAAAAGUUCAAAUAUCUGUCAGGGAACUUCUGCUUGAGAAGAGCGUUGUGCAUCGACCACGUCAGAGUCGGCUCUGUUGUUUGGAGCUGGCAGACGGUGGUGUAGCUACAUCCCUCCCGCAGCAUUCUUCACUUUACCACUGCCAUCUCAAAGCAGCUAUAUUAAAGCUGUUGUCUUUUUAUAUACACUCAAUUUGGCCAGAAAAAGUCUGAAUCAGCCAUUCUAAACAAGCGAACAAUUAUUGUGAUAUUUCAGCAACAAACUGGAUCAUUUACCCUUUGUACGGACUAAAUUACACAUAAUUUAUAUGAACAGAAGCUAUUGUAGCCUUCUAGUUGCAUGCUUGAAAAUAUCAGAUAUGUGUUAACACAUGACAAUUAACUUCUUCUAUGUACAGCACUAUAUUAACAUAUUAAACUGUCUUGAAACUGUUGCGUUAUGUCUGUUGAUGUGUUUGUAUGCAGGUUGAGGGGAAAUGCUUUUGUACUGAUACAAUAAAGUUCUGUUUUUUUAUCA